UUUUUUGUUGUCUUUUCUACUUUCCUUUUUUUUUCUUUCUUUCUUUUUUCUUUUAUCUUUAUUAUUUAAUUAAUAUAUAAAUUAUUAUGAUGAAACAUCUUACAUUGAAAAGUUCUUUAUAUUGGGGAUUACCAAUAACUUUAUUAGUAGGUUCAGCAUAUACUGUGGGUAAAGCAAGAACUCAUAAUCCAAAAAAUCCUAUUCAAUUUGUAACAAGUGGUGAAACUGGACAAGAUAGUGAAAAAUUGGAACAUAUUAGAGCAGAUUGGCAUCAACGUAAUAAGGGUAUGGGCUUACGAGACGUCAGUCGUAGUGGUGGUGGUGUAUGAUAUCUAUUCUUCUUCUUUUUUUUUUUUCUUAGUUUAGCAAACAUCAAGACAAAAUAUAUUACCCCAACGCUUUUUUUAUUUAUUUAUUUAUUACUCUUGUUUUAUUAUUAUAUUGUGAAUAAAGAAAAAAAAAAGAUAACCUACAUUCAUAUAGAC